UCCAAUAUCUUAAUAACAUGUCUCAUCUACGAAGGAAGCCAGCUACUUUAGUCUUUAUUGAUGAUAUUAAACCAGGGAACAAUAGUUACAAAUUAAAGGUGCAGGUUAUGAAAUUGUGGAAGCUAUGGAGAUCAAAAAAAGUUGUCUCCAUUGAGAUGGUUCUUGUGGACGCAACUGGAACAAGGAUACAUGCAUCCAUUGAUGAGGAUUUGAUACAAAUAUAUGAAGGAAAAGUGUUUGAGGGUGAUGCUUUUUUUAUAAGCAAUUUUACACUUGUGAAUUAUGCAACAGAGUAUAGGACAAAUCCUUUUCCGUACAAGUUGACGUUUUAUCGAACGACAAACAUUACUCCUUGUGAUGAUUUUCCUUCUUACUUGCCAAACAAGUAUCUGAAGAAUUUUUCAGAGAUUCAUUCUGGGAUCUUCAAGAAUGAUGUUUUGAUUGAUGUUGUUGGUCAGAUUGUUCAUGUUGGUGCUCUCACUGAAAUUUAUGCUAAAGGGAAACAAACUAACAAACUCAAUGUUAUUCUUCGGGAUGAAACUGCUUCAAAUUUGACUUGCACUCUUUGGGGUGAUUAUGGGAAACAGGUUAUAGACUAUGUUGAAGAAAAUAACAACUCAAUUGUUGUUUGUGUUGUGCGUUUUGCAUGUGUGACCGAGUACAAAGGAGUUCACGGUAUUUCGAAUGUGUUUAAUGCAACACAGUUGAUAUUCGAUCCUCCUGGUCCUCAUUUUGAUGAUUUUCGAUCAAAGUUGCCAAAAGAUGACAUUAUUCUCUCACGAGAUGAUGGAUUAUCUGGAUCUACUGUUUCUUGGCAUGAUGAGUUAUUUACUAAAAACCCUAGGAAGACAUUAAGAGAGAUAUUAAGAACUUCCGAGAUUGGAAAGUAUGUCACCACUGCAACUGUUAAGUCGGUGGAAACUAAUCCAAGAUGGUAUUAUGUCGUGUGUGCUGUUUGCGAAAAGACCGUUCAUCCAAUUGAAGAAAACCCUGGUGAUGAAGAGGGCCCAGUCAUGUUUGAUUGUCUACAAUGUAAUCGGAAUGUAACUGAAGUUCUAGCCAAGUUUAAGCUGGUGCUAUUGGUUACUGAUGAUUCCACUGAAGAAGCUAAGUUUCUUAUUUUCGACAAUAUAGCUUAUCCUAAUUUUCUUAAUAAGACAGCAGAUGAAUUAGCUGAGGAAGUGGCUGAGGAUGAUGACUCUGUUUUGCCAAGAACUCUGAACGAUCUAAUAGGCAAAACAUUGCUUUUCAAGAUGGGUGUUACGUCCAAAAAUUUGAAGAGUAGGAAGUCAACUUUUAUAGUUGACAUAGUCACAGAUGAUGAAGUGAUCAUUGAACAGUUUUUGACUCAGAACUUAUCAAAGGAUGCUACUAUUUCAUAUGCUGAUGAUGCUUCGCAGUGUUCCAUUAUGAAAAAUGGAAAUAAUAAAAGGCUGGGUGUCAUGGACGAUGGUGUUGUAAACAAACGAAGGCAUUAGAUAGGGAUGGGGCUUACUAUAAUUGGUUUUGUUUUAACUUAUUUCCUUUAAAACGUGUUGGAUAUACCACGUUAUAGGUGGCUCAUGCUAUUAACAAUGGCUCGGGCCCUUAUGUUUUUCAACUGUGUGGAGAGAAUUACCAUUUAAUAGGUGGUAUAUUACCAGCUCCUGAUAAAAAUCCAGCUUUUCUACAACUCUACAUUCACGACCCAGUUAAUGAAAUUGCCAAUAGAGUUGCUGCCUAUGGGUAAGAAGUUUUCUUUUUGGAAUAAAAGCAAAUUUACCAAAUAAUAUGCAUUACUAACAGUUUUUUUUUUGUUUGUUUGACAAGGAAAACUGGACCUACAUCGCAAAUAAGGCUGGAUAUUGUUGAAGCCAUUAAGAAAAUGUUGGAUACACACAAUCCUCAUGUUAAAGCAUUUAGAACAGCUCGAGACAGAUUUUCCAACAGCGGCUAUAAUAAUAAUCUGCGGCUGGUACUUGCAAGUGAGAGAACUACUGAUGGAAGAACUCAUAAUCUUCCAACUGAAAAAGAUGUUGCGGCUUUGAUACCUGGAGAUUUUAGCAUGGCAUUUGAAAAAAGGGAUAUUGUGAUUGAAAGUACUACAGGAAAGCUACAACGGAUAAGUGAGUUGCAUCCAGCUUACUUGCCAUUACAAUACCCAUUGCUUUUCCCCUAUGGAGAAGAUGGUUUCAGACUAGGAAUUGAUAUUGGGUUUGUUGAUACGGCUGGAAGAAAAAGAAAAACAGUAACAAUGCGAGAGUUUUUUGCUUUUCGUAUACAAGAAAGAUAUGGUGAAUCACCUAUAAUCCUGAUGUCUGGAAGAUUAUUCCAACAGUUUUUGGUGGAUGCAUACACUAUGAUUGAGUCUAACAGACUCCGUUACAUCUUUCUUAAUCAGAAGAAUCUACGAGCAGAGUAUUAUGAUAAAAUUGCGGCAUCAGCUGAUAGAGGUGAAGACGACCUCUCAGAACAAGGUAAAAGGAUUUUUAUUCCUUCUUCUUUCACCGGAGGGAAGAGAUAUAUGAUGCAGCAUUAUUUAGAUGCUAUGGCGACGUGCAAGUACUACGGUUAUCCUGACUUCUUCAUUACAAUAACCUGUAAUCCUAAAUGGCCAGAGAUUACUAGAUAUUUACAAAAGCAUGAUUUAAAGACCGAGGAUCGUCCAGAUAUUUGUUGCAGAGUCUUUAAAAUGAAGCUUGAUAACCUUGUGGAAUAUCUAACAAAGGAUAAAGUUUUGGGUCGAGUUAAUUCAGGUACACUUCUAAAAUUUUGUUAUUAUCUGUUAAAAUAGAUAAUUUCAUGUAUAAUCCAUUAAUUUUAAUUUUAAUCUUUGCAGCAAUGUAUACCAUAGAGUUUCAAAAGAGAGGAUUACCUCAUGCUCAUAUGGUACUUUUUCUCCAUCCAGAUUCUAAGUUACCCACAGGUGAUGAUAUAGAUAAAUUCAUAUCUGCUGAAAUUCCAGAUAGAGAUUUAGAGCCUCAUUUAUACGAGAUAGUUGGAGAUUUAAUGAUACAUGGUCCAUGUGGUGAGGUUAACAAAAAAAACGUAUGCAUGCAUAAUGGGAAGUGUACAAAUUUUUUUCCGAAGCCUUAUAGCACGAUAACAAAAAUUGAUGAUGCUGGAUUUCCUAUAUAUAGACGACGUUCUGAUGAGAGGUUUAUCAAGAAAAAAGAUUUUGACUGUGACAACAGAUAUGUAGUUCCUUAUAACGCUACUCUCUUGAAACGUUAUCGUGCUCACAUUAACAUUGAAUGGUGCAACCAAACGAGAUCAAUCAAGUAUCUUUUUAAGUACAUUACAAAGGGUCCAGAUUAUGUUAGAGCUUCGGUCCAAGGGGAUGAUACAGAUGAUACUAUCGACGAUGAGAUACAGAAGUUCCUUAGUUGCAGGUAUGUGCUAAUAAUAUACAAACUGUUUUGUCUCUUUCUGAUGCUUUUUCUCUUGAGUCCAUAGUUUUUUUUUU